AUGGCGCUGCGCUGCACGGCUCCGGGCCGUGUCCGCUGGCUGGCGCGGGCGCUGGCGGGCUCCGCCCGGCUCCUGCCGCCGGCUGCAGCCGCACCGGGCCCGCCGGGCCCCGCCCGCACCCGUCCGCCCCAGCUCAGCGCCCAGGCUCGGUUCGCCAGCAGCGCCGGGUCUGGGACCGAGGGCCCUCAGCGGCGUGUUGUGGUAGUGAGGAUCACCAGCCCCUUCGCCUGGCUCCGCACCCGCUUCUACUACCUGCUCAUCCGCCUCUACUUCGACCACGAAUUCAGCAUCGAGGAGUUCACGCGGGGAGCCAAGCAGGCCUUUUCUGUUGUUUCAAAGCUGCUGUCUCAGCGUAAACUUGACCUGCUGGAAGAACUUGUAUCAGCAGAGGUACUUCAGGUGCUGAAGGAAAAGAUUUCUUUGCUCCCUGACAGCCACAGGGAUGCUUUAGCAGCUGACAUUGAUGCAAUCAUGUACACAACUGAAGGAGAUGUUCGCAUUUACUAUGAUGAUGAUGGAAGAAAGUUUGUUAGCAUCCUGAUGUGCUUCUGGUAUCUGAAUGGUGCUAAUCUACCUGACGAAGUACCAGGUGAAGCCAAAGUCUUCCAGAUUGUGUUUGGAGAUGAAAACACAAAAGAGAAGAAACAUCUUUUAACAGCCAACUAUGAGUUCCAAAGGGAGUUUACAGAAGGAGCAAAACCAGACUGGACUAUUACACGGAUUGAACAUCCAAGGCUAUUAGAAUAAAUGCCUUCUUACAGCCUUUUUAUGUA